UGUGGGAAGAGCCUGGUCAACUAAGUGGAUUCUAAUUCAGUUGUGUAGUGCCAAGAGUAGUGUGCUAGUGUGUGUGAAGCCGUCUGGAAUAUGCCUCGUCUUCGUAAAGAAUACAAUGUAAAAACGUCAAAAUCUUUUGCAGUGCCUGAAGUUCUGAAACCAAAAGUUGCUGCUCUGUGUGCCGAAAUUCCACACCGCAGGAGUGGUGCCAUUAAUGAAGAGUCUCCAAUCAUAUUCCAAGAAAACAGUGGACUUUUGGGACAACUGGUUGUUGGAAAGCGCAGGAAAAUAUCACCGGGACUGAUGCCCCCCGGUUCUCCAGGGAUAUUUCGGCGCAAAUCAUCCAAUGCUGAUCUUCCACCGUUUAACUCUCAUUCCACCAGAGCGAGCAUUGGUGGCAUUCUUGCCCACAAGAUGGCGGUAACUGGUGCAGGCGGAUCGCUAACGGGAUGGCCCAAUAGUAAAGAUGAUUAUGAACUAAAGGAAGUAAUUGGUGUUGGUGCAACUGCUGUAGUCCAUGGUGCCUUUUGUAGACCAAGACAAGAAAAAUGUGCCAUCAAACGAAUAAAUCUCGAAAAAUGGAAUACGAGCAUGGAUGAAUUAUUGAAAGAAAUUCAAGCCAUGUCCUCAUGCAACCAUGAAAAUGUUGUAACAUACUACACGAGCUUUGUAGUUCGUGAAGAGCUGUGGUUAGUACUACGUCUGUUGGAAGGAGGGUCAUUGCUGGACAUAAUAAAACACAAAACGCGAUCCUCCAAUUGUCAUCAUGGUGUCUUUGAUGAAUCGACUAUUGCCACAGUUCUUAAAGAAGUACUGAAAGGGCUGGAGUACUUUCACAGCAAUGGACAGAUCCACAGAGAUGUGAAAGCUGGCAACAUUUUACUUGGAGAGGAUGGAACUGUGCAGAUAGCGGACUUUGGUGUAUCAGCUUGGUUGGCUACAGGCAGGGACCUUUCCAGACAGAAAGUGCGACACACAUUUGUUGGAACGCCCUGCUGGAUGGCACCAGAAGUUAUGGAACAAGAUCAUGGGUAUGACUUCAAAGCAGACAUAUGGUCAUUUGGAAUCACAGCGAUUGAAAUGGCAACAGGAACAGCUCCUUAUCAUAAGUACCCACCUAUGAAAGUUUUGAUGUUAACACUUCAAAAUGACCCUCCCACGCUUGAUACUGGGGCAGAAGAAAAGGACCAGUACAAAGCAUAUGGCAAAACUUUUCGCAAGAUGAUUGUUGAUUGCCUUCAGAAAGACCCAUCAAAAAGGCCGACAGCAACCGAGCUCUUGAAACACCCAUUUUUCAAGAAAGCAAAGGACAGAAAAUACCUUCAGCAGACAUUAGUGGCCAUUGGCCCAAGCUUAGAAACCAGAGUACAAAAAGCAUCAAAACGGCAACCUGGAGCAUCAGGGCGGCUUCACAGGACUGUAACGGGGGAAUGGGUUUGGUCAUCAGAAGAGGAAGGUGGUGAAUCAUCAGAUGAUGAGUGUGUGGAGAAACCAAUGAAUAACAUCGAGACAGUUGGGUCAUCAGGCAGUGAGAAAGACUUGACUGAUACAGAGGGCAGUGCCGGCACGAGAACGAGUGAAAUUAUGGCUCCCAGUAACUUGUAUCGAGUGCAGACCCAGGCAGUUCCUCCAGUGAAUCUUGUGCUCAGAAUGAGGAAUCCAAAACGAGAAUUGAAUGACAUUAGGUUUGAAUUUGCUGUGGGGAAGGAUUCAGCUGAAGGUAUUGCAUCUGAACUGGUUGGGGCGGGAUUGGUGGACGGCAGAGAUAUUGUUGUCAUUGCUGCAAACCUUCAGAAACUUAUAGAUAGUGGAGGACAACUUCGUACUGUUACCUUCCCCUUGAAUUCUGGUUAUGCAAGCAAUGAAGUUCCUGAUGAUAAAGCGUUGAUUGGUUUUGCCCAAAUCUCCAUAACAGACUAAAGUGGAAGAAACCAUAAAAUGUUAUAUGAAAUUAUGCUGUAAGUUUGAAGUGUAAAUGAGGAAGUUGCUUAUAUUCAUUUUUUAUUCCUAACUGCAGUUACAUUAGGAAUGAAGGAGAAUGAUUUGUAAAUAAGAUGUGCAAAGGAAGACUAAGUGGCCAUAACAAAAGGAAGACAAUGUUUUAAAAGUCUCUGUACUUUGUAUAGAGUGAAUCUGGGUAACUGUUUUUUUUUUAAGUUAAGCUUAUUUCUACUCUGUCAUGUAUAUGAGCCAGUAGAUAAUAUGGCAAGUUCUUGAGCCAAGAAUUUGAAGCAAACUGUGACACAAAUGGCUUUUCUGUUUCACACAGAUUACACGUAAUAUAUGUUUUGUUGCAAUAGGAGUUAGUGUUCAUAGAACACUGUCAAAGAUGUCAAGGAGUGUGAUGUAGUUGAAAAUGCCAUGUACUUAUGAUACCAUAUUUUAAUUUUAUCACAUUCAUACUAGUGUAUUCUUUAAUUUCAAGUUUGCAUAUUUAAGGUAUAAGAACAAAGAGGUGCUGCAGUAGACUUACACUUCAGAACCAUUUGCAGCUGGCAGCCUUCCAUUGUUACAAAUUAAUUUUUCAAAAGGAUAUAAGGUCUGGAAUUCAUAUUUAAACCAACAAAUGGCAACUGAAUACAGGUAACUGUCAUGUUGACAGUAUUUUGACUUUAGAGCUGAUGCAGUUGUUCUGAAUUGUCUACAUAUAAGUGGGAAGGCUCAGAGAAUUUCUUGAUGAUUCACUUGUGCUGGUUAAGUUGUAAACUGAAUCUCUUGCAAGAAAUAAAUUGUCAGCUUCUGUAACUGACUGCAUGGCACUCGUUUCCUGAGUGUUUGCUUGUGGUGCACACUGAUUGUAGUUGUUCAGCUAAGUUUCCAUGUUUGUUGAAGUCACUUUGGAGUAUGGUACUUGUUGCAUAUAAAACUUACAAAUGCAGGAAUAAUUCACAGAAGCAUAAUGUGUUCAUGCCUCCACAAUUUGUUGAGAUGAGCAUAAUGUUAAUUUGCAUAGAGGUUCAACAUCACUAAUACCAAGGCCUAAUAUUGGAACCUGUAUUGAGUGUGUUCAAAUCUUCACAACCUACACCGCAGUUUAAUUUUAUCCCUAUACCUCCUCAGUCUUCCAUGUGACUGUUUUCCAUUCACAAAACUUCAGUAUUUGUUUCUUGUCUUCUCCAUGCAAACUUCAUGUUCAUGCAUCACAGCCACCUUUAAUAGUACUAGACAAGCUGUAGAAGUUAAUCACUAUUCUUUGUUAUUUAAUAUCCAUAUUAUUUCAUUGCUGCAUCUGUAUGUUGAAAAUUAACAUAAUCUGCAUUAUCCCCUUAAAACUUAAGAUAUUUAAUAAACUAGGAGUAAUUAGAUUUGCUACUUUUGUAGGUAGAUGCUUACCCUUCUCUUAAUUGUUAAUUUCCUUUAACAAAAUGGUGACAGUGAUUUCACUGGAGUUAAGACUAAUGGACAGUCAAACAAACAGUUAAUGUGUGUUUUGCUGUAGGUAGAUUACUUUGGAUGGAUGCGGAACCAUGAUCACUGAAGUUGAUGUUCUUGGGAUGAAAGAGUAUGAAAAUUUGAAUACCGAUUUACACUUUCAGAUCUGUUUUUGUCUGAUAGCAGCAUUUUGUAAGCAUAGUAUAGAACCAGUGUAAUCAUCAUUCUUUGGCAGGGGAUUUCUAUUCUUCCCUUCAGCAUCAUGUUGUAUGCAGUAGAUGUUAGUAUCACGAGCUGUCUUCCCCAAGCACAAGCUUGAUUCUCACAUUUAUUUUGGACUGUGGUCUGAAAUGUGUGAAGCAUUGCCUCUAUGGCCCCUGUAUACCAGGAAUUGUACCUUAGCAUUGCACGUCUGUCUUUCAUGUGAAUGGCUGUAGUAUGUAUUUGAAGGCCUGCUAAUUUUAUGUGUCUCAUAAUUUUUGGUGGUUAUGAUAUCCAUAGCCUCUUUUUUUUUUUUUCUUCUUUAGUACUUAUGUGUCAUAAAGGUCAAAAUUCAUAUAAACAGAAUGCUUUGAAAAUGUACAGAAUGGGAGUAGAUUAAAACACAGGCACAUGAAAAAAAUGUAUAAAAUUUCUUGCAAGUAACUUUGACCACAGAGGAUCUGUGAGAGUAAGUAACAUAAAGGAAAGUUGGAAUGUAAAAUUCUGGGAUCAGUCACUGAACCAGUAGUUUUAAUCACUCCACUUACGGUAGAUCCAAUGUUUUUAUGGGGGAGUGGAAUUAUUGGUAAGAGUCUUAACUUGUGGCAAGAGUGCAAUUUCUUGAGAAUGUCCUCAAAAGGAAAAAGUGUUUUACACAUUUAGCAUGAAGUACUUUGUAGCACUAUUCAGGGACUUCUCCACCUAGAAGUAGGAAGUCAAGACUAGAAUAACACUUUCAUACAAACCCUUUCUAUUCUAAUGGGGUUAUAGUGUGUACUGCAUUGAAUUCUGAUAUGCUGUACAAUGAAAAUAAACUGUGUUCAAAAUAAUCAAAUUACUACAUAUAGAAUAACAGAGUGUACAUGUAACUGAUAUUCAGAAGGUAUUUUCUUUGAACAUCUGGGACACUGGCUAUUCUGAGAGAGGUUUUCUGUGAUUUUUCUCAAUCCUUUGGUCAAACACCACAGCAGUGUCUUGAAUUAGGUCACGGCUGCCACCUCACCAUUCUACCAUAUGAUGCCUGAUCUAAGAGUGUCUCAGAUUGAUUUGUUAGAACUAAAAUUCUGUGUUUGCAGAGAAUCCCUUUCAGCCUGGACAGCUUCUGCACAUAUGUGUUUCACUGUUCCUGCCAGUGCUGGAGCACUGCUUUUGCAGUCACCAGCAGCUGUUCCAUUGCAAUGUGUUCAGUUGUUUCCACAUCAUUAAUUUUUUACCUUUUAAGGUGUUUUAUUUUUAAGAACAGAGCCAUAUCUAAUGAGCAAGGAAGCUCUCUCACUUGUGGAAUACUGUAUUUGGCUUAGAACUUCUGCAAAAGUUAGGUGAGCAGGAGCAUUGUCAUGAUAAAUUUACCUUUUCCCUGAUUCCCACUUCACAGUUGUUUAUGAUGCACCAGAUCAGAGAGACAUCUCUGUACUUGUGAAGAAAUGAUGGAUAACAGUCUGGCCAUGUGCAGUAUACAUAUGGUUAACAAUGUGCUCUUAAUCUAGAAAACAUCAUUCUUCUAGAAAUCAUAUUGGUUUUCCUGCUCAAUUGGUAUUCUUUUCUCGGUUGCAAUGAAUAAGGGGAUUUACAUUGUGAUAAUUUCUGCCUAGUUUUGAUGUUAUAACUAUCAGCCAUGUUUCAUCACCUAUGAACAUUUUUUGAGAAGGCUUAAAUUGAUUUUUGCUCAUUUAAGCAAAUCAGAAAUGACAGGCACUUUUCUUUCUGUUCCUGUGUAAGCAGCCUUAAGAUGAACCUAAUGUCACUCCCAUAUAUUCUGUCCAAAUAUAGGCAUGUACAAACCUUUUUCAGAAUGAAGGAAUCUUCUUAAUCUCAACUCAAACAUAAAUUCUUCAGUCUUGAACUUUGAGAAUUUUCUGGUAACUGCUUCUGCUUUGCACACUUUGGUCAUACCAUAAGUGAUAUAUUUUAAAUUAACAAGACUAUGGAGUACUAUAUAUGUAAAUAUUAUAUAUUAGAUGUUUAUAAUGGUUUGAGAUUUUAGUAUUUUUAUGCCACACUGUACACCAUCAUGCUGUGAGAACAGCCAACAAGCGAGAAGGUCAGAAGCCAUAAAGUGAAGUUUCCUAAAAUACCAUCAAAGUUAUGAAAACAGAAACAGUAGCUCACUGAUCUACAGUAUCAUAAGAUUCUUUGUACCUCACCAUGAAAAUGGCAGAUAAUAUCAUGAAAGGGAAUAAAUAAUGUGUAAAAAUGUAUCAGACAUUACAGUUGUAAACGGAAGGGAAUGUUUCAUGCAGUACCAUUACUGGAACUCCAGGUGAGGGUGUUGUGUAAAAGUGACAUGGCGGAACAGGUUAUUUUUGCUCUCCUGUUGCCACAAUAAAGAUCUUCACUUUGCAAGAUACCGUCACACUUCAAAGUAAUGUGAAUGAAAUGUAGAUGUAUUUCCGGAUGCCGUCCAGUUACAGCAUCAGUGAUGUUUAUGCAGUGGAAAGGUGUGUGACUGUAGUGUUAACAGAGUUGGCGGCAGCAUGCCUGGUACUGAAUAUAAAAACUGUGCCCAUGGUUCAGUUACUUGUGGAACUAAUCAUCAUGUGCCGGAAGUAAGGAUGGAUGAAUAAUGAUUUAUGAUGAAUUACGUUCUAUAUCCGGAGGUUGUAUCACUUAAUAUGGAUUCUUGGAGCAAACUGAUUGAUUGAUUGAUUGAAUGAACUGUUGAGAGGCUCAUUACAAGUUGUCUGGAACAGGAGAUGAGUUAUUGUUGGCAAAAUGAAUGCUGGAUACAUUUAAAUGUCUGGGUACCAGAUCUUUGAUUCAUGCAAUGAAUACUGGCAUUGUGUUCAUACUUUGAGGCAUGACUAUAUAUCUUCACUUUCUAAUAAAUAAGCCUUUUAAGGAUCAUUUGAAACAUUUGUAUUCUGAAUGGAUUUUAGCUGAGGACCAUGUUGAGACCAACUGGAACAGUGAAGAAGCCCAGGAUGGAACUGGUAUGCCAUUAGAUCAAGGCACUGGCAAUGAAACUCUUCAGAAGUGAUAGUGAAAAGAUUUAAGAAGUACUGUGUAUCUGAUGAAAUUGAUUGGAGAGAUGAUGAGGAAGGAAUUGGGAAUGUUGGCAGUGAACAUGAGAGUUUGAGACAGACGAUGGGAGUUGUAAACACACUCAUUUGAGACAGGAGUGGUGAACAGUCAAGACAGGUGAUUCUGAAUAAAGUCUAGUGAUCUUAAGAAGGAAACUAACUCAGUGUCAUUUCUGAUAUACAUUUUCUUUCACAUUUGCAGUAUGAUUAUGAAAUUACUCUUUCUGUGCUGCAUACUCCAUAGUGAGGGUUGUCUCACUUCAGAAUCAUCAUACAUUUGGUUAGAUGUGGCAGUACGCUUAAUACAUUCUCUAUUUUUGUCUUGAUUCUCAUGAUGUUUUCCAUAUUCCCAUCUUGAACUGAAAAAGCUGUUCUUGCACAUGUCUAUUAAAAUGGUCUGACAGCCACAAGAAAUUCAUACCUGUUUCACAUAAGGCAAGUCCACUGUCAUUUUGCAGUAAACACCUCACUUGAGCUACUGAUUCAUGAUCUGUGUUGAGUAAAUGGCAUCUGGGACACACAUUACUUCGGCAGUGAUGCUCAAAACCUAAUGCUUGUCCUGUUGUUGCACCUCCAAAUGCUGAUGCCUUGGUUUAUGAAUGUUGGUCACCAUCUCUUUAUUUUCUUGUAAAUUUUAAUGUACACACCUUGUUCCAUACUCUCAAACAUCGUGAAACUGUCAUUACAGAAACACUUUGAAUUUAAAUGCUGACCAUGCAUGACUGAAGCAUUCAAGUAAUCUGUAAACAUGCAGUAACAUGGGAAAAUUUGUAUCAUUUAUGUCCAUUUUCUGGGCAUUUUUCUGUGGUAUGACUUCAAUCUCAGUACUUUUUGAUCAGACGUUGUAUGUAAUCCUCUCACUUAUUCUACACUUAAUUUCUGCAUUUGAUAGAGUAUCAUUAAAGACUAUGAAUCAUGAAAAUCCAUAUGAUGCAGGUCAGAGUAGUUCAUAAUGCCUGCCAUUCAAGCAUAUUAAUACCUCCAUUUCAAGGAGAAGCCUGACCCUUUGUAAUGUAGUAUGCAUACUGAAUCAAAAUGAAACUGCUAUCUGUAAGGGAAAUGGUGGUAGCAUUAUCUGCACAGUACUUUGUUAUCUGUUGUGGCUACCAAAUCUGCAUUAAUCACUUAUAAAGAAACAUUAAACCUUAUGUAAUUUUGGUUGUAUUUAACAAUUUGGAACAAUUUCUGCUGAAUGAUCUGUGAAUUGCUGUUGUACCUUCUCAGGUUUGGGGAUUUCUAAUAAUGUAAGAAAAUAUAGUGUUGUCAUUAUUUCAUUCUGUGACAUCAUAAGCUUCUACAUUGAAAUUAUAAAUAUCUGAAACUUAUGAUUGUUCUAGUAUUUAUGUUGUAGCUCAGGAAGAAGGAAAAUAAGUUUAAAUAGCAAAGAAUUACUUUUGUGAAUAGGUUAGUAUUUUUAAUACAAUAAAUAUUUGCAUUUAAUUGGUUAACCAUUGAUAUAAUAUGCAAAUUAAUGGAUUAAAGAGAGACGUGUUUUGCUGUCAAAAAUAGCACUAGCAGGUGCAGCUUGCCAGUUAGAUCAUUUGUAAUAUUUCCACUGUUCCAGAAUAUAAAAAUGUUGCUUUCAGUUCAGACCUGGUCAUUAUGUUAUGACAUAAGUCUGUGGGCAUUCUGAAUGCUGAGGCGAGGAAUGGGGCUCUGGAGAGGAAGCAUAUGAAACAUGGCAUUUUUCACCAGAACUUCACCUCUCUUAAUUAUGGUGGGGAGAAUUACCAGACAACAGAAACAGAUCUUCAGACCUCCCCUGCUGGCAAUAUAGUUGAUGACCAGAUUGCAUUCAUUGCCAUUCUGUGUAUAGUUUCAAAGUUCUGUGGCAAAGAGCAUGUGAAAUCACAUGCGUAUGUGGGAUUUUCUUCCAUUGCCUAUUUUCCAGUGAGGUAUACAAGCACAAUACUGACCAAGAUUGACUCACAGAUGGGGAUGUCUUUGUCAUGUAAUCUGGCAGAUCGGUACCAAUGUUUCAGAGGAACUUGCUGACUCCAUCUUCAGGGUGGAGGAAUAACCCAAGCUUGGGAAAAAUGGUAUCACAUAGGCAGAAGGAAGGACCUUGUCCAGGGCCCUAAGUGAACCAACAGGACAAGGAGAACAGUGCAAAGAACAUUUAGCCAUUUAAAGUUCACUUUCCAAGGUUGGAGGGAUUGGAAGGAAUGGUGGCUGAGUAGAAGCACUUGGAGGUAGAGGAAAGUCAGGAGGAACAGAAUAAGAAAAAGUGGUCCUUUAAGGGGCCUUUGCAAUGUCAGAGUGAAUGUGUGAAAAGAUAAAACAGUAACAGGCAAAUUCUGAGGGAAGAGAGGAGUAAAAAAUGAAGAAGAUGAGAGGAAUGAUGAAUGAAAUAAAAUAAGGUGGUGAUGGAGAGGAAAGGGGCCCUUUUAGUGCCAGUGCCAACAAUUAUUCCUCUUUGAAAAAUAAAGUAUAAAUGCAAAUUGAU